AGUGUUUUUGUGAGGUGACAUGUGAUAUUUUAAUGGAUGAAUGGCAAUUGUUUUCUUCUGUUUACCAAACAAUUCUCAAUACUCUGGCGCAUCACUCCGGAAGAGCUGUCUUGUAGUUCAAAAUAGUACGAAAAUAGCAGUUCAGUUGCUGCUUGGCAUUGCUGUUUGCUUCACGUGGUACACACUUGUUUAUGGUUCCAGAACUGUGCACCCCAUGACAACUUUACGACUACAACAAGCGGCAAUCAACUGAGAUUGCUCAUCAAUCUGUCCGAACACGAUCUCCCAUCUGCAGCUGCAGCCGCUAUAUAACUUCCACAGGCUCUCACAAUUUACUUUUCAUCUCUACUUUUUGUCACGUGCACCACGAGUUUAUUUCAUCCCUUUUCUUGGCUCCUUCAGGAAAACGAACCUUGAGGUCCCAGCUGACGCACCACCAGCGAAGACGUCCCUACAAGACAAGAAUGAAAACUCUGUUGCUUCUCGCUCUGCUUGGCGGCUGCUGCACUUUAGGCCAUGCAUGCAGUUGCAUCCCCAUCAUCUCAGCAGACGAUUACUGCCGCAUCUUUGACCUGAUUUUUCUCGGGACUGCAUUUACCGAGUAUAAGCAAAGGGAAAGACCAAUCGACCCUAAGGAUCCGUGGUCGGUCUUGGACAUCAAUGCUGCGUGGGUGUACACGUUCCAAGUAGACAAGAUCUUAUGGGCUAAGGAAUCACUCAAAGCACCGAAAACAGUCACAAUUAGAACUAAAGUCCAAGAUUCCAUGUGUGGCUUUCAAUUUGCACUGGAUAAAUAUUUCAUAGUUUUUGCUCGCCUUUACGAUGGGGCCUACACAGCCAGCGCCUGUGACACCAAUGUACCCUGGGAACACGUGGACAAAGGCCAAAAGCAGUUUUACUCAAGUCUCAUCCCAAAGCACUGCGCACGAUACAGCGAAAAGAACUGAACGGAAACGCAGCCAUGAUGUGACGUAGGUUACCACGUGACCAGGGCACAAUCCGGCGAGCCCAAGCCCGAAGUCCUUUUCUUGGACGAUGACCUUGCGUAUUCUAAGGGAACUUCUCUGAUAACAUAAAGAAAGUGGAGGACAGGAACCUGAAGCAGACAAUGUAGCAGACGAAGCCCUAGAACAACCGUUUCUUCAUUCUCGUUUGAAAGUAAACGUUGUGACCUUUGCCAUAAGUUGUCUUCGGUCUGUUUGCUUGUAUUAGACGAGAAUCGCUAGGAACUUUGUGAAUACCAGGCGUGUAUUUACAUACUUUAUUGUUAAUUAAUAAGAAUAUUACUGGGUUACAUUAUUGUAGUGUUGUUAUUUUAACCCUCUGCAUGCAAAUUUACCUGGCACCACUCUGUGCAUGCUUUUCAACUCCCUGCCUAAUGUCAGUGUUCGUGUAGUCUAUUUAUUUUUGUUUCGUGCUAUUAAUUAAUUUUAAACCUUAAUAAACUAUCUUAUUUUGA